ACCGGGAAAAUACGAGGCAAGGAGGGCUGGGCUGAGCGCCGCCAUGACAACCUGAUACCGGAAAAGGCGGGGCUAUCCUCCCUCAUUGAUCCUCCUCCGGCAUCGGCCUCAGGAUGCAGGCGGCCCUGGAGAUCACUGCUCGCUACUGUGGCCGGGAGCUGGAGCAGUAUGGCCAGUGUGUGGCAGCCAAGCCUGAGUCAUGGCAACGAGACUGUCACCACCUUAAGAUGAGCAUUGCUCAGUGCACAUCCGCCCACCCAAUCAUCCGGCAAAUCCGCCAGGCCUGUGCGGAGCCUUUUGAGGCCUUUGAGGAAUGUCUUAGACAGAACGAGGCAGCCGUGGGCAACUGUGCAGAACAUGUGCGCCGCUUCCUGCAGUGUGCCGAGCAGGUGCAGCCGACACACCCCCCCUCUACCGCAGAGGCACAGCCACUUCCUGCCUCCUGAGGACCCUUCAGACCGUAGGAGCACUGGACAUGAGUGACUGCGCGUGAUGCAUCCACCCCUGAAGCAUGGCCAGGAGGAGUCCUGAGGGCUGUGGACAUGGGCCUGGCUUCCCUGGACAUCAAGACUCACAAUAAAUAAAGACU